AUGAACUCUUACGUCUUAACACAGGUCGUGGCAAUUUCGUCAUCAUUUUGGCUGUCAGGUGAAAUAUUCACCUACUCAUGGGGCGCAGUCCCCGCAGUCUUGGUCGCCACUCCAACCUCCCAGCAUUUAGCUGCAACGCAGUGGGCCGCAUUUUACCACAAGGGACAUUCAUUGGGCCCUCCUUUCGCUAUCCUGGGAGCAGGGAGCUUUAUUUGGCUGGCUAUGAAGUCGCAUUCCUUGUUGUACUGGGGGGCUGCAAUCCUCAAUAUUGGUAUCGUGCCAUGGACACUUCUCUUCAUGCUACAAACAAACUCGAGCAUAUUCGAGGUUGCAAAUAUGAAAGACUCGUCAGAAACCCCCGUCCACGAUGAAACACAAUUGGCUCCCCUGCUGAACAGAUGGGCGAGUCUCAACACCAUUCGCUCGUUUUUCCCGUUUGCAGGCGGUGUUUUGGGAUUGCUGGCAGCCUUGCGCUAA